AUGGCGACCGCCCCCACCCGCCCGUCUCCCGGCUGCCUCACCCAGCGCGACACCGAGGUGAGGCUGCCCCGCGCGACGCGGGUGAAAAACAAGGCUCCGUCACCGAUCCAGAUCACUGCCGAGCAGAUCAUCCGCGACGCCCGGGGGUGCCACGACCGAUCCAUCAAGCCGCCGCCCAGGAGAAAGAUCGCCGACCUCGACGAGCUCUCCGAGUACCGCCUCGGCGAGCGCAACCUUUUCGAGGAGAAAGUUUGCCGGGCGGACUGCGGCGUCUCGGCGUGGGUCAGGUACGCGCGCUGGGAGGAGCAGCAGGGGGACCUCGCCCGCGCUCGCUCCGUCUACGAGCGCGCCCUCCGCGUCCCCGCCCAGCACCGCGACCACGCGCUGUGGGUCAAGUACGCCGAGUUCGAGAUGCGCAGCCGCUCCGUCGGCCACGCCCGGAACGUCUGGGACCGCGCCGUCGCGCUCCUCCCCCGCGUCGACCAGCUGUGGUCCAAGUACGCGCACAUGGAGGAGAUGCUCGGCGCCUACGCCAACGCCCGCCUGGUGUUCGACCGCUGGAUGGCGUGGCACCCGGGCACGAACGGCUGGGACGCGUACAUCAUGUUCGAGACCCGGUACGGCGAGGCCGAGCGCGCCAGGGCCCUCUACGAGCGGCUCGUGGACGAGCACCCAUUGCCGGACACCUUCAAGCGCUACGCCGAGUUCGAGACGAAGCAUGGAGAGGCAGAGCAUGCGCACCGGCUGUACCAGCGUGCCGCCAAACUGCUUGCUGCCGAUGGCAAGGACCCAGAGGUGGACGCCGCCGUCGCCACCAAUAAGAAGAUAUCCCCCUACGAGGAUGCGGUGCGCAAGAACCCACUCAACUACGACGCGUGGUUCGAAUACCUCGCGCACGAGGAGAGCACCGGGAGCAAGGACAGCAUCAGGGAAGUGUACGAGAGGGCCAUCGCCAAUGUGCCCCCGGCGGAGGAGAAGCGAUACUGGCAGAGGUACAUCUACCUCUGGAUAAACUACGCCCUCUACGAGGAGCUUGACGCGCAGGACAUGGGACGUGCCAGGGAGGUCUACCGGGAGUGCCUGAAGAUCAUCCCACACAAGAAGUUCACCUUCGCCAAGGUGUGGAUCAUGGCGGCCCAGCUUGAGAUCAGGCGCAAGGAUCUCACCGCUGCUCGCAAGCUUCUGGGAAACGCCAUCGGGAUGGCUCCCAAGGGCAAAAUCUUCAAGAAGUACAUCGAGAUGGAGAUGCAUCUCGGCAAUGUUGAUCGGUGUCGGACACUGUACCAGAAGUACAUCGAGUGGUCUCCUGCGAACUGCUAUGCUUGGAGGAAAUAUGCCGAACUGGAAAGGCAACUUGGAGAGACCGAUCGUGCUCGGUCGAUUUAUGAGCUUGCAAUUGCUCAGCCAGCGCUAGAUAUGCCUGAAUUUCUUUUGAAGGACUUGGCUGAGUUUGAUGCUUCAGCUGGCUUGAGCGGUAUAGACCAUGAAAUCAACACACCAAGAAUAGGAAAGAGGAAUAGACCACUCCCUGAUGAUGAAGUCUCUGAGGCCAAACACCUGAAGAUUCUGCAAGCAGCACAUCGAUGGAAGAAUUCUAAAGCAUGAGAUAUGUUCUAAUUCUUUACCUGCAAUUGGAGGUGAGCACUGAUGAUCCACGGAAAAUCAUGAUGCAAUGAAGACUUAUUUUUUUCUUCUGAAGAAAUCGGUGAAGGUUUAUAAUACUUGUCGUCAACCGGUGCACCUGCAAGGGCUAGUUUUUCUGUAAAACAAACAAAUACUG